UUAUGAAUUUUUUUCUCGCGGAACAACAAUUCGUUCGCGAAUCGCUUCGUCGGUAUCUUGACGAAUGCGCUUUCGAGGAUUUUUCGUGAAUUUUCGUUUGGGUAUUUCAGUAUUUAUCGUUGCGAUAAAGGGUAGCGUGAAUGGAGUCGAAAAGAUAUUAUUAGAGAUGUGUGGACUAGGGAGUGAUUAUUCGUGGUUUUAGUAUGGCGAGCGGGGUCCGAUGCGCCUGGGAAAAUGUUUGAGCUCCGCGGUCUAUAAUUUAAAAACAUUUACUUCUUAACAAUUUACUUCUUGGUAUGACGCGCAUUUAAAUCGAACUGUUUGAUGAAAGAUGAGGACGAAGAGAAUGACUUGAAGAAUUACUUGAAUCCUCUGAAUACCUCUUUGUAGGGAUACUACUCGUGGAUAGGUAACGCGAUGGACUCUCUUCAUCGCCCAGGUCACACAAGAUGGCUACCGAUGUCCUCAGGGGCUGUAGCGGUUAUAGCUACAGUACGGGCUUAGCAAUCCCGAGGUACCCGAGCUAAAGGAGAGCUAGAGGGCUCCAAUAGAAGAGAAGUAAGAGAUACUGCACAGUAUUAAAACAAUGCAGGAAUCAUGUAAGACGAUAACAAGAAGAACGGAAAUAAGCUAGUAAUAAGCAAGCAGUAGUGCAAUAACUGUAUAAUAACUCACGCACUUUAAAUAAAUGAACUUUAAUGAACUCUAAAUGAACUUUAAAUAAGAAGUGUGAUGUAUUGGAAGAGGUAAUAAAUUAGAAUUAGCAUAACAACGAAAUAUAUAUUUAAACUAAAAAAUAUAUAUAUAUAUACUCUCUACGGACAGCGGUGCCCACUCCGAGAGAGCCAAAACAAAACAUGCUUAGCGAUUGUACACAUACACACACAUACACAAACUCAGGGACAUGCAUACAUUACAAGAAGAAUGGAAAUAAGCUAGUAAUAAGCAAGCAGUAGUGCAAUAACUUUGUAUACUAACUCACUCACUUCAAAUAAAUGAAUGAAUGAAUGAAUGAUGGCUACCAAUGUCCCGGUAGUCUCGGCUCCAACCCUCCAGGACUUGGAAAACGUUUCCUCUUCCACCAUGAAUUCUGCAAAACAUAAAUACACCAAACCUGGACUUUUGGAUCCACCGCUCAUCUCAAGGAUUUAUUACAUCCCCCAAUUAAGAAAGAAGAUUCCUCCGAAGAAAAAGCCCUGGAAGCGUUCGCCAUUAGCGCUCUAUCUCCGCAGAGCAAUCCCGCGCCAGCAAUGGGAAGUCAUGUUCGCGGUGGACAAGUUUUUUUCGAGCCCGGGCGCGCGAGACCCAUCCUUCGAUAAAUCGUCCCGGCGAGAAAAUGCCGCUGGUUCGACGAUGUUUGGUCCUGGAAACGUUAUCUGGCAGCAGCAACCACCGAUUUAUCCCGCGUCGGCAGCGAACGCCAGCGAUCGUAACCUAAUCGCGAUGCAAUUAACCGAGCAGUUUCCAAUUAGGCCCGUAACGGGCGAUCCGAGCUUUUGCGCGACGCGCGCUGAUAUUAUUGCUGAAAAUAUUGCGGAUUGCCGGGAACGUCGGGAUGGAAAUAAUGUGGAGCGUGAAGGGCAUUGCGAAGAGUAGCCAGAGAUAGGGUUGGGCAAUCUUUGGACGAGAUGACAGCGUUCGUGGCGAUUAUGAAUCCAUCAGGCGAUUGCGAGAGGAAUAAUAAGACCAUAUAGUAAGAAUGUAUAGUUAGAACGUGCUGAUAUUGAGCAAUUACCAUCUAUGGAAGAGUUGUGUAGUAUCCACUGUAAACAGAAGUGUCGUGGAUACCCUAGUUAACACUUUAUCUACCGGGCUAUUUAGAAACAAUCUUUAAUUCAAAAAAGAAUCUUCUACAGUAGCAUAUACCAAUCUAGGCUGACAAUAAUUCCUCCAUACUGUUACUAAGUACAUUGAAAGCCAAGUCUGUUUCCAAAAACUGAACAUUGUAAGUAGACAACCAUCGACACAGUAAAUAAAUUCGAAAAGCUAAAGACUGGAAUUAAAAAGCCUAUAAAUAGGCUCCCGGUAAAUAAAGUGUUAAGGUUACGUUGUAUAUUUGUAUGGAAAACGCAUGCAAGACAUAUGUACCUACAUAAAUAUCCCACAUAUCAGUCCGCGGUAAUAACCCUUCUUUAUUGGAUAUACAGAUGUCUACACUCUGCACCAGUAUCUCAGCGCUUUAUACUCGAACCACCCCUAUACAAAAGAGUAUACCCUCAACAAACCUCCAACAAACCCUCAACGAACCCUCAAGAGAAAAACGAUAUAUUCCCCUAUGCUGUGUCCCCCACACAGCAGAUUUUCUCAAGGCAGCCCGACAGUAAAAGCAGCCCCAUAAAUUAAAAAGAAAAAUAGAUCAGCGUGACACGGUGUACGAGGGCGCGCGGAAAGACGAAUAGGACUUCGCGAUCUGCGCGUACAGGACGCAGGGGGAAGGAGCUCGGUGAAUUACGUAGGUUCGUAAGUCAGUCUCGCGGAUUUCCGAAGAUAUCGGGAGAGGUACGACCCCGGCCCGCGGCGGGGCUCGGGCUUAUCCGCCGGCCGAUCUGGUCGGACAUUAUAGGGCCCGACAACGCGACCGGGUGGGAGGGAGAUGCUGACCGCUGGCGGAGUAUGGUCGGGCGAAAAAGAUUUUAUGAAAAUUGCCCCGUGGCCCGCGCUCGACGCUCGUUCGGCGCCCUUCGGUGGCCGUGGGCGUCUAGGCCACGCCCACCGCGAGUCCGUUCGCGACACGCCGCCCGUGACACGCCCCUACGAUUCGCCAUCCCCACUCCGUCUCCCUGGCUCUGUCUCUCUCCCACUCCCGUCCGCGCGCUGACGCUCUGAUCGCUCGCGGGGGGACUCAGUUCUCUCUCGACCGCGGUUCCACGCGGUUCGCGGUCUCUCUCGCGAGAUCCUGUCGCCGCCUCCGCCCCCGCCCUCGCGACUCCAUCGACCCUCUCCCCCCGCCCCUGGCCGAGCGUCUCGCCAGAGGUGACUGUCCAGGGCAGUUUCGAAGCCGCAGUCAACGGUUGCACCGCGUUACAGGAAGUAGUCUCGCUCGGUUUGUUACUCUCCAUUGCGUGCCAGCGGCUCUCCGCUCGGUUCAGGAGCCUCCUUCCCAGCUUCGCGUGUCCUCCUAUCGGCGAUCGAAUGUGCGCGUCCCGCGUCCAAGGUAUCGAUAACGUCGUGUCUGACCUUGUCGCGGAGCACGAAGGGCGUAGGAUCCGUUCCGCGUGCAAGGAUACGUCGCUCCGCGAAAGGAGCGGCCGCGGUGGUACGGUGAAGUGACGGAAAAAGUGUGACGGAAUGACUAGUGCGCGAGUUCGCACGUGAUAAUCGACCCGAUGAUCGAACUCGAGUGGAAGCGAUUCGCGGGGGAAACGGCGACGCGAUCGUUCGAACUACGGAGGGCAGGAUUGCGCGAGUAAAUCGGAGGACAGUAUUCGUGCGGAUCCGAAGGUUGCCGAGAGGGAAAUCCGAUUUUCAAAAUCGAGGAGGCUGGUUGUAUUGGAGCUUCGAGAUCUCGAGUCGAGGAAGGAGCCACGGUGAAGGAGCAGCUCCAAAACCCUGCGUAUGGACGGUAGGAUGCCGAGCAGCCACGACUGAUUACGAGUGAAUGCCGCGGUUCUAGCUCUCGAGGAGGAUGUUCCACGGGGGCGGAAGCGGUGGUUACGGUGCAAGUUCCGACUACCAGCAGCAAUCCCAGCAACAGCAACAGCAGCAACACGGGCAGCAGCUCCAGGCGCCCGUCUAUGUGCCCUCCUCGAGGCCCACCAUUCCGUCGGCUGCGACGGCGGCCGCAGCCGCAGCCGCAGCUGCCGCGCAGUACCAUUCCUUCCCUGCGUCUGGCUCGCCGGCUUGGGAGAAGACAGCGGCCUCCUGGCAGCAUGGAGUGGAGACGUACGCCGCGCAUCACGCGCUCGCCGGCCACGCGAGCGGUUCCGCUUCCGCAGCCGCGGCUGCCGCGGCCGCGGCGGCCAUGGGCCAACACUCCGGCCACGGCCACCCCCACGCCGGCCACCCCCACACGGGCCACCCUCACUCCAGCCUCGCUGCCGCUGCGCCCUUCUACGCGCAGAACGUCGCCAUGAUGUCCUCCUGGCGCGCCUACGACGGAGCUGGAUUUCAACGGGCGUCGCCGUACGACACAGCGAUGGACUUUCAGUUCGGCGAGGGCCGCGAGUGCGUGAACUGCGGAGCGAUCUCUACGCCCCUGUGGAGACGUGACGGCACCGGGCAUUAUCUAUGCAACGCGUGCGGACUUUAUCACAAGAUGAACGGAAUGAACAGACCGUUGAUCAAACCCUCUAAACGGCUGACAGCGACCAGAAGGCUGGGGCUGUGCUGCACGAAUUGCGGGACCCGCACCACCACCCUCUGGAGGCGCAACAACGAGGGCGAGCCGGUGUGCAACGCGUGCGGUCUCUACUUCAAGCUGCACGGGGUGAACAGACCCCUAGCGAUGCGGAAGGACGGCAUACAGACGCGGAAACGCAAGCCGAAAAAGACGCCGGAACCGAACGCCAGACCUUCUGCUGGGGACCAUGAGGCCACCGCCGUCUCGAACGCUUCGUCGCCGUCCAACGAACUGAAGAGCAACCAGCAGCAACAGCAGCAGCAGCAACAACAACAACAACAACAGCAACAACACCAGCACCAGCAGCAACAGCAUCAAAUCGACGGUUCCAAGCCGUCGAGCGGCGCUUCCAGUUCGACAGACAGACCAGUCUACCUAGGCCACACGUCCCUGCUGGCCACAGGCAGCGUGGCCACCGUGAAAACGGAGCCCCGAAGCUGCGACGGCAUCGUCGGGCAGCCCUACUCCUCGUACUACCAGCAUCAUCCCCAUCAGUUAGGCGUGUCGACCAGCGAGCAUCAGCAACAGACGUACUACGGGAGCCAGGAGGCACCCUACCAUCAUCAGCACCACGUCACGGCCGCCGCAAAACUCCUCGCCUCAUCGUAACUCGUCCAUUAACAGUCAAAAGACGAAGGAAACCUUUCGCGGAAUCUUCCACAUGGAAGUGCACGAGGCACGAAGGAACAGAAAGAAAAAGUACAUUACCAUGCGUCUGCACCGUCGAUGACGAUCCAGGUCACGUUUGGAGUCAUCCUAAGACCCAAGAAACAUCACCUUAGCUAUAGCAAAGCAACAUGGCGAUUUUUGUGAAGCCUGAAAGCCAGCAUCAAAGAGUAUAUUCAUCGAAUGGAGUCGAAACUUAUAACUUGGAAUUGUGGAGAAAAUGACUCUCUUCCCGUGGCUCAUUUAUUGAAAAUAAAUAAGGCUGGAUUCCGAGACCUUGAAUGAAAAAGGUUUGGUGGGACCUCCUCGAUCAUGAGUAUCAUCAUGUACAGUGUUUCAUCUGCGACGCAACUAUUCAUAAAAAUUAGUGUGUUACAGUUGAGUGACGUUCCUCGUCUAUCGACUUUCCCUAGAAGUACGUUCGACCAAGGACCACCCUUUCACCGAAGAGGUUCCUAUAUGAAAGCAUCCGAUCAACUGUUCUUCGACGUUAUUUCGUACCACCCCUUCCAGUCCCCUGGGAACUUUUUUUUUUGUUAGGAAACGUCGUCGAGCCGGGUGAGUCCUUCGAGCAAACGAAGGCAAAACGCGCUUGUGUCGUCGUACUUGUGUUUCUUCUAGGGCUGAAACUAUUCGUCUAUACUGAGAUAUUCGAGGUUUGUUCAUAGCAUUCGAGUACCUGUACGAGAUAUUCGAAUACUAAAUUAUUCGAGCAGUCCGAGCUCUAGUUUCCUCGCUGUUCCUUGGUGAGCUCGCGACCGUUAUCAUUAGACCGCGGAUCUUUAUGUAUUUAUAGAAUAUUUGAAUGUGCAAGAACCUACAAAAUACAAACAAUAUGCAAGAAUGUUCAUGUUAUAGCAUUUGCAGAUUAAAAUAAAUUCAAUUCUAAUUAGGUUCAAUUUUUAUAGACACGUUCGCGAAGAUUUUAUUUUGCAUAAAGAUCCGCAGUCUAGUUAUCACCAUACUGACCGUUCGCGCCUGGAAAUUACCUAGUUGUAAAUAAUUGUAUCGGACCACGGUGUAUCCGGAGUGAUCGACGCGAUCCGGCCAGAGGACGUGCUACCUCUGGACGCGCGGGGCUCUCCGAAUUAGGGAUGUUCGAUUCCGCGUAGAUUUCUGCAAUUUAUAUUCGUAAUCGCAUCUAACCUAAACAUCGCAAAGUAUACUUUGGUCGUUAAUUAGAGUAAACGAUUCAUCCGAUCGACAAAUUCGCGAGAAUCGAGCGUCCGUAAUUCUGUGCGACGAAUUUAUCCGAGAUGGGCAGAAUUUGUAUUCGAACGACGAAUAAAAGUACGACGCAGGUAUUCGUUUACCUGCGAUCGUUCGUUUCGCUAGGUAUACGUCGUUUUAUAAUUCAGACCGUAAUUUUUAGACGGAUCAAAGGCUGUUCGUUUAGCUGUUUUAUUCGUUGUUCGAAAUUUUGUAGCCAAGGAAUUUUGGGCCGAGGAAUUUUGCCCGUCUCCGACUCGAAACUAAAACCGUGCGAGCGAGCACGAAAACGAGAACGAAGGAAACCGUAACAAAAUGUCGGUGUAAUUUAUUGGCCCGCUUUGUCUUGCCGCCUCCUAAGCUGCGCGUACAUUAUUGCUCAAAAGUCUCGGGGAUAUUUAAAGUCUAAAGUUCUAAAAAGUGUUCGUUGAUUUUGUCUCGCACGAUAUUUUGUACGAUUAAAAAUUUUAGAACGUGUUAACCCUUUGCACUCGAGAGCUGACUCUCUACCUAAUGUUUCUUUAGGUUUAAUUUCUUUGGAGCUCGAAGUGUCGAUAAAAUGAUUGCCGGUGAGGCACGGGUGAUCUUAUUCUCAAAUCUAGAUAGCUUAGAAUUCAUGGCAAUAGAAUGCUAAGAAACAUUUCGAGUUGCUGGUAGAUACCAGAAAAAAAGGCCUCGAGCGCAGAGGGUUAAUUCUUUCUAGGAAGAAAAUAAAUGUAUUUCUCAUCGGCAUCGAAUAUUAGAGCUUCGUUAGAAGGAGUUCUGCGUCCUAACGACUUUUGAGUGGCAGUGUAUAAGCUCGACAAGUUCGAUAAGAUCCCUGACGGAGUGACUUGAAUGUGGAGAAGCGAACGAUAGGUACGACACCAUUGGCCUGUGCGUAGAGUGACCUAGCUUGAGUAACCUAGAGCGUCUCAUCCGAUACAAUACUACUCAAAAG